AUAUCUGUGUUUUUGUUUCGUUUGCUCAAAAGUCGUAGCCUACAAAAUCUAGAGAUGGAGCCAAAAGCAAAAUAUGUAAUUAUCAUGUUGUUUGUGUUUUAAUCAGGCGAUAAAUUGUGGUGUAUCAGUGAUAUUCUUCAGUCAAUGUUUUUCUCUCUAGUGACAAUAUGAUUUUUGUUUCAAAACCUUUGGUUUCACCGAUUUUUUACACGAUGUAGCCCCAGCAAAUUUUGACACAAAAUGUACUUCAUGUACAUAUUUUUUCUUUAGACCUAACUUCGUGCCGCGCGUACGCCGAGUGUUUAAUUCCUGAACAUUUAAGGAAAAUGGAGGAACCAGCCAGAGCUGAGACAAUAGAGACUUUGGAAAAGGAGUCAGAAACAAGAAUAGCAGAAGUAACCUCAAAUGAUGGUGACAAGGGAAACUUAAACAACCAACCAAAUCCUCUUGAGUGUUCGAUAUCAGAAAUAGUUGUGGAGGAAAGUCUAUCGGAAGGAGCUUCAGUGACAGACACUAUGGAGAAAACUACAGUGGAAGAAGCGCGUGGCGAAAUCUUAAUGCAAGAAACUCAAGAGGAAACUGUUACUCAGACCAGUCAGGAUACUCAACCUGCUUCGCGUCUUGUCAAAGUUGAUAACUGGGGAAUAUUCUUUCUGCAGCAGCUCCAUAUGUUAUAUUUGAACAAAACGGACUGUGAUUUUAACCUCCAGUUUCAUGAUGGACACAAACUUCAAGUCCACCGAAAUGUUUUGAAUGCUUGCACAGAGUUUUUCAAGAAUUCUAAUAUUGAAGGAUGCAACGUUUUACUUCCAGUGGAGUUUUCAUAUGAAGCAUUUAAUGCCAUUGUGAAUUUUAUGUACACGGGGCGACUUGAGUACAGGGAUGAUAUCUACAACAAUAUGUACUCAAUAGCAAAGGUGCUGAAAAUGGCUGUACUUGUGAAGUUACUGGAAGCUCAAAUUCAGAAUCAGGAUAGUUCAGCGGUGUCAGCAUUUAACAGCAUUGCAGCUGAUGGUAAAACAGCUCCACUUUUUGAAGCCAAAGUAGGAAAAACAACCAAAAUGGUGAAGAAAGUAAUAGCCAAUGGAAAGAAAUCGAUCAUCAAACCUUUAUCUCCCAACUUUCCAAAGUCAACUCUUCCUGGUAAAAAGUUACCGAUUUGGAAGAAACGGACAAAACCAUUAGAACCAACUCCAUUCUUAACAACAAAUGGUAUCUUAAAGCGGAACAUAUUGGAUCCUGCAACUCCUGUUCGUUUUGAAUGGCCUGACAAUACCCAAGAGCCCACAUCAUUGCUGGAUGAAUUUCAGGAUCUUUCUUAUGAAACAAAGCCUCUUCUAAAACCUAAUAGUGGUGAACUCAAAUAUCUUUCUGCUGAAGAUUUUGAUUCAAAAGUCAACACUGUUCUCAAGAGGAAAUUUACUGAGGAGUUUUCAGAAGAAUCCUUUGAAAAGCGCUCACGAUAUCAAGGCACAACGGAUCAGAUUUACUCCACCGACGAUUUCAGUAAUGUUGAUACGGAACCCACCAUUAAAGAUACACCUCAAAUAGAUGUAACCUUUAAUGAUUAUGAUGAUAGCAGUGAUGAUGACAAUGCCGGUGAAAUGUUAUCGCAGUCUUCCACAGGUCCUAGUUCUAAUUUGAACCCAAUUUCUGGCAAUAGUAGGCCCAGCCCCUAUUUGAACCAUACUCCUAGUGAUGACAGGCCUAGUAGUGAUUCUAACUGUACUCCUAGCGAUAGCAGGUGUAGUAAUGAUUUGAACCGUACUCCAAGCGAUAGCAGGCCUAUCACACCCACUACUUCAACUCCCAAACCCAUAUUGAAAACUAGCGGAACGCCCUCGUCCCAAAAGAAAGUUAGAUUCUCCCUCGAGGAGAAAGAGAACGCCCAAAAUAUUGAUGACCAGAAUGGCAGUUCUAUCGGAAGUAACAAAUCUGGACAAAUUAGACAAACAAAUAGUUUUUUCAAUACAAAGACAGGUGAUGUUGAUUCUGUGAGUAUUGUUGACAAUUCAGGAUUGAAACCUGUCCCGGGGAAGCCGUAUUUUAUUGAGAAAGAUGUGGCCUCCAUAAAGCAAGCUUGCAUUGGCAAGUCACCAGUCACAGAAAAACUAAGUGUUAAUCCCAGUUCUACUUUAAAAAAUAAAGGUAAAGUGUUAGCAAAAAAAGAGCCAGAACUCCGACCUGAUAAUGCUUUUGAGAAAAAAGAACAGAUUAUGAAUUUAGUUCCAAAAACAGAAGCCACCGAUGUUGAACAUGAAAACAUUUCUGUUGAAGCUGUCUCAGUUCACAAGUCAAAUAAAACUACCCUGAAGUCUUCAGAAUCCCAGAUCUCUGAUCAAAAUCAAGUUUCUUUGAAACCUGAUGUGCCAACUGGCAAAACUGCGCCACCAAACCAUGCCAGAAUUGUGCAAGAAGUACUGAAAAAAUACCCACAUCUAUUGCAUAAAAACGUACGGCUAAAAAUUAUGAAUCCUGAUGGGAACAAAGACUCUGUAAUGAAUAUAAAAAUCAACCGUCAAACUAGUAGUAAAAUUUCAAAAAAUAUUCAAUCUCCGAGUGGAAAGGGGAAAGAUUCCAAUGGGGUAGUAGAAACUCCAAAAAAAUCCUCAGUCAAAGACCCCUGCAAACCACCAUGGUUGUGCUCUCCAUGCGGUAUCAAUGGUAAGCCACGGAACUUCGAAAGUUAUUUCCUAUACCACAAACAUUUGCAAGAAAUUCAUAAAGAAAAAAUGGAUUCAAGAAUCUGCCCCCACUGUGGACAAAAGUUUACAAAACGCAACUUGCUCCUCUACCAUCUACUUACAAAACAUAAUGUACCUCCUCCGCGUAAUAUGGUUUUCCCUAAAUGCGAUCAGUGCGAUUACAUUGCGCUGAGUGAGAGUUUGUUAAUAAAACACCGAAAGUCCACUGCCCACCAAUCUGAAUUCGAAUGUAAGGUCUGUUGCAUGAAAUUUAAAAGUAAUGGUGCUCUCCAAGGUCACAUGCAAACCAAAUUACACUACAACGAGCCUCCUAAAUUGUAUAAGUGCCUGUAUUGUAAUGAUACGUUCAGCCGUAAUAUCAACCUGAAGGCUCAUAUUCGCAGCGCUCAUAUGAAAGGACCCCCUCAAGAGCAAGUUUUUAGUGAUGCUCAUCUCUAUGAUAAAGGGUCCAUGGAACAGCAGAGUAGAGCUGGAAGCGAAGAGUGUACUUUAGUCUUAAACUCAGGUGUAACACUGGUCACGGAUGCAACUCAAGUACCGUUACUUCCAUCAUCAGAAUCUGAGGCAUUAAAUAAUGUUGCCAGUGGCAUCGCUACUUCAAUAGGAUUGAACGAUAGCUUAGUUAAUGGUGAAACAGUUAUUCUACUAAAUGAAGGCACGGAAUACUUUUUACAGAAUAGUAACAAUCAAGGAGAAUAUAUUGUACCAGAAAUUUUAUCGCACUCAGACCAAAUUUACGCAUUUCGAGGGAAAGAUCAGCUAGAGCAAGUUACACAGUUAACUAAUUUGUGUCCUGAUGUUCCCACCUCCGUGAGUCAUAUUAUAUCUGAAGAUACUAUAGUAACGAUAGAUGAUGGCUCUCAUCAUUAUGCCAGUGAGUAUAGUGUACCAUUGUCAUCGGCCGAUCAAGUGCAUACCCGUGAUAGUAAUCAGUUAAUUCUUUUUACACUGAGUGAGUCAGAUUCUGCCCAAAAAAUGUGCAGUUCAAACUCUCAGACCAUCAUUGUUACGCAAGCUAGUGAAAAUUUACCAGUAAGACCAAUGUACUCAGGUGAAGUAUGUCCCACAGAUAAAAUUCCUGAGGCCAGUUUUAAUAACAGCAUCAAUUGCACAAUACCUGCUCAGUUUGGAACUGAGACUGUAGUUACUGUCGCAACGGGUCAGGAACAGAAUUCAGAGACAUCCUUGAUUGAGAACUCAUCCAACAGUAGCGGGGAGGUGGAGUCUUCAACUCUAAGCAUAGACUUGGAUCGUUGCAACCCAGAUAGCUCUUACGCUGCUUCAGUGUCAAAUGAAGAUAGUUUCUCUGCGGGUUCAGAGGUUGUCACAGAGCCAAUUGCAGGAGACCUAGGUAGAUCGAGCUGUAAAGCAGGUGCAAAACAAAUGGAAGCAUUAGUCCAAGAUUGGGACGAAUUUAGUGAUGAGGAACAGCCAGAAGAAGUCGAUGAUGACAGAAAAGUUUCCAAUAUGCCGUGCCGACCAGUUUUUGGUCCACUUGAAACUGAUCAGUUCUAGUACUAGUGUUUCAAAUAACUUAUUUCUAAUUCAUCAUCAAACUUUGUGUCCUUGCUUCAGAGUUCUCUGAACAUGUAUGUAUGUAAUGAUGCUUUUAUAUCUGUACAGCAUAAAUCAUUCAAAUUUUGUAAAUCUUUCCCAUCACAUAUUUGACGAAUUAUCCGUGCCAAUAUUUAACGAAACUUAUCAUUUUAGACAAAAAUCCAUCAGCCCAAGCUUACAAUAGUGAUGGUAUGCUUAAAGUUUUUUAAAACAAAAUCAAUCGUACUGUUCAGUUAAAAGAUGACUGUUAGAUUUCCUCCAGCUUUAACUAUAUUUAGACCUAGAUAUUCUCCAUCUUUAACUGUAAUGAGAUUUAUAAGAAUGGGUUGACAGAAAUUCCACUCCUUAUGCUAUGGUAGAAACCUGACUGCGGCAAAAUGAAUUGGAUCCUCCAGAGUUACUGCUUUAAUCAAUCCAUACUUCAGUCUCAGCAACUUUAAGCCUUGCGUGUCCCAUAUAUUUCAACACAAAGAUCAGCAAUCACAAAUCGAAGGCUAAUUUUGAAAGAUGGUGUAAUUGUAAUAGAAUUCCAAUGGCCUUCUUGUUGCUCUUCAAAUUAGUCGUCCAAAUGCGUUCCUCUCAAAAUGAAAAGGAGAUGGAAUCAUGCUGCUGUUUUUUCUUGUUUAAUGUUGUGAAUCCAGUGAAACUAAUUCUGGUGUGUGAGAACCAGAGAACUUUGCCUUGGUUCCUACUGUAGUUAAUAUCCUCUCAAAAUAUUUUUAAUUUGAAGCAAAUUCAGGCAUUAAUUUGAUAUGAGCUAUUUUUAACUUUGCUCGGCUGCUUUUAAUGGGGGAAAAAAUAAUCUGUCAUUCAUAAUAGUCUCAAUUUUGAGAAAAUCAGGGUUUAAAAUAGAGCUGCUCAGCAAUGAGUGGCCUGAGUGAAAUUGUGAACCUGUCCUGAAGUCAUAUAAUGUUAAAAAUGAACCCCGUCUAUUAUGAAAGACAACAUUUUUCAGACCUAUUUUAGAAUUGACAGGUCUAAUGUUGAUUUUCCUAUGCAGACAGGUGUUUUUAUAGCUGCACCUGUGCUUCUGGCUGCUGAUCGAUGUAGGCUGUCCAAAUAAUGUCCUUAUCCUCGCUGAAACUCAAUGAUAUUGAUCUCAACAUAAGAAUGUUUAUUAUUUAUUUUAAAUAGCUGUA